AUGUUCAGAGCGAACAGAGCGGAAAACUUUAAGAGCAAGUGCCUAACAAAUUAUGGCAACAACUCACUUCUUUACGAGGUUUUGAAAAAAUAUAAAGAUGAUUGGGAAAGAUAUAUUUAUCUUGUGGACGAACAUUUGGUCGAGCGAUUUGCAAAAUUCUCAUCAAGAUAUCAUCUAACUUUUGCCAAUGACAUCGAAAUCAACAGCAUCAAGACUAAACAGGUCGAUGAAAUCUAUUUCAAUGCUCGUUUCAAGUCAAAUUUGAAAAUUAAUGUGGUCAUUGAACAAGAGGUGAAUGAACACGAAAGAAUAUUAGAUACACUUGAAACCAUAAAAAUUGCCGAUAAUGAAACAAUCAAACGAUUGGCAUAUGCAACUGCUGUGGGUGGUUGUAUAACAUCUAUGCAAUGGCUUCCCGAGAACCUUAAAAACUUUACAAGUGGAAAAAACACACAUUAUAAUUAUCUUGCAAUUGGUGUGAUUAAUAGCGGCACUGAACUGCUUGAAAGAAAACUCGCUACUAGUAGAGAGAUUUCAGUAUUCAACAGCACUAAACCUUUCAAGAAGAAAAAACUUGAAUCAGCUAUCCAAUUAUGGAGGUAUGAUACCAUCACAAAUCAAUUUACACUUCAACAUAUUAUUAUUACUCUGAUUUAUGGAGCAGUAUCUGAUAUCAAAUGGGCGCCCGUUUGCUCUAAAUCGGAAGAUAUAAUAGGCACUCUUGUUGCAACGUUUAAGGAUGGAACUAUUCGAGUCCUCAAGAUUCCACAUUCGCUAGCAAGGUACUCAGUAUUGGCAGAAUCAUCCUUGACAUUCUAUUCCGACAAACAUUCAAAAGAAGGAACCAUUAUAAACUCGAAUUUAACUUGUUUUGCAUUUCACGAAGAGGGUAAAAUAUUGGCAGGUACUGCAGAUGGGUUUUUGAUGGAAUUUGAAUUGUUUGAAACUGGUGCCGUGGAGAACGGUCCUUCAUUGCCGCCGGUGCCUAAUUACAAAUUUUUUGUUUCCGAUGGACCAAUCACUCAUAUAGAAUCGAUGAAAACAUUCUCGGGCGAGACAAUAAUAUUGAUCAAUGGACAAGCGUUUCGAGGGACCGCUUUCAUGUCUGAGAAUCCAAUUCAAGAAGCCUACUCCCCAGUGCAUGAAAAGUCGAAUGUUAAGCCCACAUACAAUUGUAUAUUACAGGAUGUUUUGGUUGCGUAUAAUCUCGAGCUUGCAAAAAUUCUCAACUUUAGGUCGCUUCAAGACGGCGCUGUUGAGAUUAUUAGAGUGAGCUCGCACAUUUCGGCAUGCAAGAUGUCUGAGGUAUUGGGCCAUCCGUUUAUGAUUGCAGGAACUAGUGCUGGUGAUGUAAUAUUGAUGAACUACGCGCGAAAGCUAUUUUCUAGGAGAGGCAAGAACAAGGUUCUUCAACCGUUGAAAUUGUGGAAGCUCACGUGGGAUACAAAAAGCCAUUCUUUAUCUAUAAAGGGCAACUACGAACGCAUUGAGGUUGAAAGUAUUAUACCAGCAUCCUUUAUGCCUCAAGAGGUUUUAGUCAAUUCAGUUGCAUGGAAUGAGAAUGCAGUUGGUUCAUCGAUAUAUGCAGUAGGUACAGCUUCCGGGCUACUAAUAGUUGAACGUCUCGACCCAACGACGCAUACAUAG